AAUUUUCACCAUGUUAUCAAUUAAGAGUCUUGUUCCUGUUCUUGGCCUGCUACUUGUCCUGUCUGGCCAUGGCUUCUAUUUCGCUGAUGCCAUCAUUGGCGGACAAUUCGCUCGUCCAGCACAAUUUCCCUAUCAGGGUUCCGUAGUUGUCGAUGGCGUUAAUCAAUGCGGAUGUUCUGUAAUUUCAAGGACAACGGUUCUCACCGGUGCCCACUGUGUUGCGGGAGCCACUAACAACAGGGUGAAGGUUGUUCUCGGCACCAGCGACUUUAAUGAAGGCGAUGGACAAACCUUCGGGGUUAAAAAAAUUAUCUCUCAUCCAAAUUUUAACUUCAUGUCGAGGGACUAUGAUAUCGCAUUGCUUUGGCUAAGUAGACCAGCUCAAUUCAGUGAUAUUAUAAGAUCAAUAAGUUUGGCUCCUGCUGGUUCAAAUUACCUCGAAAAUGCAACAGCAAUUGUCAGCGGAUUCGGUGAAAUCAAUUCACGUGGGGACAGGGAAAGUCGUUUAAAGUAUGCAAAAAUACAGUUAUGGGGUCGUAGAUAUUGCAAUAGUGCCAAUAUUCCUAGUAUAACGGAUCGCAUGAUAUGCGCAGGUGAUCCGCUUGGGCGGCAAGGCCCAUGUAAAGGAGAUUCCGGUGGCGCAUUAACUUUGGGUGGCAUUCAAAUUGCAGUUGGGUCGUGGAAUUUCGGCUGUGGGGCACCUUAUCGUCCGUCCAUAUUCACAUAUGUGCCAAUUGUUCGUGCUUGGAUAGAUGCAAAUAUUAAUGGCUAAAACAAACAAAAAAAAAUCACAUUGGAGUGCCUUCAGCCUGUUACAUACAUUUUGGCGACUUUAAUAUACCAUUUCACCCUAUGGGUGUAUGGUAUAAUAACAAAGUUAAUAAUAAAAGACACUAUUAGUGACUCAGUCGUUCUUA